AUAUUUUAGCACUGCUGCAUUUAAAUAUGUUAUAGGCACCCAGUAGCACUGCCACGACUGGGAGCACUACCUAGGAGCAUUUCAUGUAUUAUAUAUGGAACAGAACUGGCCAGAAAAAAGAUGGCAAAUUAAACGAAGGAGGCCUACAGCCUGAACCGGCUUGAACUCCACGUGGAGGAACUGAUGACCCACCUGCUCCUUCAAGGCUGGUAGGACUCCAACUGUUCCCCAAUACAGUUGUUAUUACGGACAUAUAUUUCGGAACACAAGGCUCAUUCUCCAGCCUCACUGGACACACCCACCAGGGACCUAAACAGGUCGGGAGUGAUGCUGGUAGCAACCACAAAAGAAGGAGAGGGACAGGCGGCUCCAACACUUGAAGAAGACGGCGAUGAAUGACUUUUCCGACCCUGGCUGGACCAGUAUCAACCGAGGGGUACUGAUCUGCGAUGAAUGCUGUUCAGUUCACCGCAGUUUAGGCCGCCAUAUCUCCAUAGUCAAGCACUUGAGGCACAGCGGAUGGCCGCCCGCGUUAAUGCAGAUGGUUCAAACAUUGGCCGGCAAUGGUGCCAAUUCCAUAUGGGAACACAGUCUUCUGGACCCUGCUCAGGUGCAGAGCGGCCGAAGAAAACCCAACCCACAGGACAAAGUCCAUCCUACAAAGUCAGAGUUUAUCAGAGCCAAAUACCAGAUGCUGGCCUUUGUGCACAAGCUACCCUGUCGCGACGAUGAUGGCGUGACUACCAAGGACCUCAGCAAGCAACUUCACUCAAGUGUGCGGACAGGGAGUUUAGAGACGUGUCUUCGGCUGCUGUCUCUUGGCGCUCAGGCCAACUUCUUCCACCCGGAGAAGGGCACUACUCCACUGCAUGUAGCAGCCAAGGCAGGGCAGAUUUUACAGGCUGAAUUACUAGUAGUAUAUGGCGCUGACCCUGGAGCCCCCGACAUCAAUGGACGCACACCCAUGGAUUAUGCCAGGCAGGCUGGUCACAUAGAGCUUGCAGAGCGGCUGGUUGAGUGUCAAUAUGAACUGACUGACAGGCUGGCAUUCUACCUUUGUGGCAGACGCCCGGAUCACAAGAAUGGCCAUUAUAUCAUUCCCCAAAUGGCAGACAGAGCUCGUCCUAAGUGCCCGACACAGAGUCUGGACCUUUCAGAACUAGCUAAGGCUGCCAAGAAGAAGCUACAAGCACUGAAUAACCGGCUGUUUGAAGAGCUUGCAAUGGACGUUUACGACGAAGUGGAUCGCAGAGAAAAUGAUGCAGUGUGGCUUACUACCCAGAACCACAGCACUCUGGUAACGGAACGAAGCGCUGUACCCUUUUUACCAGUCAACCCUGAGUACUCUGCCACACGAAACCAGGGCCGCCAAAAGCUGGCCCGCUUCAAUGCUCGGGAGUUUGCCACACUCAUCAUAGACAUCCUGAGCGAUGCCAAAAGGAGACAGCAGGGGAAAGGUCUCAGCAGCUCAACUGACCCAUUGGACCUUGGCUUUGACGAUGACCAACAUGAUUACGACAGUGUAGCAUCUGAUGAAGACACAGACAGCGAGCUCACAACCCAAAAUAACAACAACACGCAACGCAGUAACCGUGCAAAGAGUAUGGACUCGUCCGAUUUGUCCGAUGGACCCAUCACGCUGCAGGAGUACCUGGAGGUAAAGAAAGCCCUGGCCUCGUCGGAAGCCAAGGUGCAGCAGCUAAUGAAAGUGAACAACAACCUCAGUGAGGAACUCAGACGUCUUCAGAAAGAGAUCACACGGAUGCAGACAGAGAACAGCGUGCUGCGGGGGGGCCAGCAAGCUGGGGGAGCAGCCGGCCAUGGGGUUGGGGGCCCCGGCGGAGGGGGAAACUACUGGCCGGGAGGCGGCAUGCGAGGGGUAAUCGGCGGUGGGGUUAUGAGUGGAUUGGGGACAGGAGUUGAUGCCUCAGUGCUCACGGCACCGUCUUUAGCCACCCCUCAGCCCCAUCUCCAUCGGAGAGACCGCCAGGCUUUCUCCAUGUACGAGCCCGGGGCCGCACCCAACCCCACGACCCUCGGUCCCCCAGCCCUGGACUCCCUGGCAGACCGACUGCAACCCCUGAACCCACCCAGCGUAAGGAAGGGUAGUACGGGUGGUUUAGCACCGUAUGGAGGCCAACAUAUGUCUGGGUCGACAGAGAUGGGACGUUACAUGAUUUCAAAAUCGGAAAAGCACGGCAGUGGCACAGACAGCGAUUAUGACAAUACACACACGUACGAACCCUCGAUAAGUAUGGGUCGCAGCAGCGAAGAGGAAGGGCGUGGGGAGGCUGAAGACAGAGGAGGUGGUGAGAUGAGUGAUCCUGACCCCACUUUACCGUGCACAGAGGAUGUCAUACUGAAGACUGAGCAGGUGACCAAGAACAUCCAGGAGCUUCUCAGGGCUGCUCAGGAGUUCAAACAUGACAGCUUUGUACCAUGUUCUGAGAAGAUCCACUCUGCUGUCACUGAGAUGGCCUCGCUCUUCCCCAAACGACCAGCCCUGGAUGCAGUCCACUGCUCGCUCCGCCUGUUGGCCUCCAGCGCCUCACGGUUACAGGUGGAAUGCCGUAAAGCCGCACCCACGGAUCCGGGUGCACCUGCAGUGGACUACCAGCUCCUCACUCAGCAGGUCAUCCAAUGCGCCUAUGACAUAGCCAAGGCUGCCAAGCAACUGGUCACCAUCACCACUCGUGAGAAGAAACAGUGACGGUGCAAACGCGCAACAAGGCGCUGAGGGAAGAGAUAAGACGGGAUCGUACCAUAGGGGGAGGAGGAGUGACCAAGGGGGUGUUGGGUGCUGUCAGGAAGGAAUAGUAUGGACUCUGCAUGGGAAGGAAGCGUUGAUGGAAUGAGCACAGAGAAAGAAACCAAGUGGGAACUACAGCGUCUAGAAUCAGACGUGUGACAUCAAUGGCUUGAUGCGUGAGACAAACAAGAAAGCGUGGUGAUGUACAGUACAGUGAAGCGCACCCUGACGCCAUCUUAUUUAUUCUCCCCUGUCGCUCGUCAUCCCCCCUUUUAGCCAACAACUGGACCAACAAACGAAGAACAACAACUGUGACAGCCCAUUUUUAUCUUAGUGGACGACGGCCUCGCCACUCUUCUUCUCUGGUUUGCUUUUGUAGAAGGGUUCCAGACUGUUCUUGGAGGUCCACAGCAUGUUCUGUCCGGCAUGUGUCUCCCCCCCCCCUUCUCCUUUGAACGUGCAGAUUUGGGAUGAGUCUGCAUAUCUGAAAACUUACAAAAACACUUAACACUGGAAUAAUUGUGAUUUAUAUUUUUUGUUUAUCAUGUCUAUUGUUUUUUUUUGUAAUGAUAUUUUACUGACUUAUCUUGAUUUAAUUGUUUCACUCAUAAUUCUCAUGUAGUGGCACAGGGAGACAGUGUUUACUGGGAUUUAAUUUAAAAAAACAGCCUGUGAACAGUCCUGAGAGUUUCUCAAGCCUUCCUUUUAACUUAUACAUGCAAUGGACGAGGGUUUUUUUCUGGUUCCAAAAAGACCAAAAUCCCCUUGACUUUGAUCACGAUUUUAAAAAUGAAACCUCAACUGUCACCUCAUGUUUUUGUUUUUGUGUUUCUUUUUUUAAAAGAAACCUCAUUUAACCGAGCCAGUGGAAUCAUCUCAGAAUUAGCCAUUGUGGAAUGAUGCAGCUCAUAACACUUUUCAUCAUAUAUGACAUUUAUUUCACCUUCCGCAUCGGCGUGCAUGAUCAAGGCCAUGUUUUUUUUUUUUUUUCAUGGA